AAAGAACGUCGUUUCACCAACGUUUCUUCUUCCUCGCAAGUCUCAAAGCCAGGAACGAUCUCGCCGUAUGAGCAACUUCCGACAUUAACACUGUAUUGCUCUGCCGUACUCUCCUCUUUUUCCCUUCAUACUCGUCUUCACAUCUGAAUUCCGACAAGAUAUUGCGUCUGCUCUCCUCUCUUCCCUCAUUCUCGUCUUCUCAUUACCAAAAACAUCUUCUUCUCGUAGCUAACUCAAUCCAAUUCCAAUCUCCAUUCAAAUCGAGCACCAGAUAAUUUUUUCUCCUAAAUUCUAAUAUAAGCCCUAAAAUUCAAAAUUGAAAUAUCUAUAGAAUCUCCUUCCGAUUCAGACGGAUAAUCGCCAUCAACAGCGUGUGAAUUCGAUCAAAAAUCUGAACUUUCCACAAAGAAAUUCGAAAGCUCAGAUUUUUCGAUUUCGAAAAUUUUGAAAACUCAGUUAAUGGCGGAUUUUCAGACAUCAACACAACGGGCCAAGUGGAUUUUCACUCCCCAGAAACUGGCAGAGAGAUAUAAAGCUGCUAACCAGAGGGCAGUGCAAAUGCUGGAGAAGUGUGGAACAACUCAAGUUGAAGUAGAUGCUAGUGGAUCACUAACAUAUCCUAAAGAUAAAGUUGGUUCAGGAGAUCAAGCUGAUAAGAAGCUUAAGCCUUUGAGUGCUGAUGAAGAAAGGUUCAUGAGAGCAUUUUAUGAGGCAAAGGUCCAAGAAGUGUGCAGUGCCUUUGCAUUUCCUCACAAGAUUCAGGCAACAGCCCUCCAAUACUUUAAGAGAUUUUAUCUGCAAUGGUCUGUUAUGCAACAUCAUCCAAAAGAGAUAAUGUUAACCUGUGUGUAUGCAGCUUGUAAAAUAGAGGAGAAUCAUGUAUCUGCUGAGGAAAUUGGGAAAGGGAUUAACCAAGAUCACCGAAUAAUUCUCAAGUACGAGAUGGCUGUUCUUCAGAGUUUGGAAUUUGAUCUGAUUGUUUAUGCACCGUAUCGUGCAAUCGAAGGUUUUGUCAACAACAUGGAGGAAUUUCUUCAAGCUAGAGAUGAUGAAAUCCAAAAACUAGAGAGUUUGCUCAAAGGGGCGACAGCAGAAGCCGAUAAAGUUAUGCUCACAGAUGCUCCACUCCUCUUUCCUCCUGGCCAGUUGGCAUUGGCGUCGUUACGUAUUGCAAAUGGGGUUCUUGGAGUGAUUGACUUUGAUAGGUACCUAGAGAACAUUGUUUCUCAACCGAACUCUGAGCACACGACUUCAGAGCUUACAAAGUUACUUGAUAACAUCGAAUAUUUGGUAAAGAACUACAAGUGCCCAAGUGAAAAGGACAUGAAGCAUAUCAACCGGAAGCUAAAAUCUUGUCUAGGACAUAGUUCUUCACAUGACGAGUACACUAACAACCUCUCUUCUACUAAUUCUUUUAACCACUAUAUAUAUUUCAUAAGCUUUGCUUCUGCAAUUGACUCCCUUCUCUAUUUAUCUUCAUCAGGAGUAAGAAACGGGAGAAGAGAUCAAAACACAAGUCCCAUAGGAGCUCCAAUGAUACACCAAACGGGGCACCGCCACCCAUAGGUUGAGUUUCUCGUACUGCCAUUAGCAAUUCUUCCUUUGCACUUUGGUUUAGUUUUAAUCUUAUUGAAUGAGAAAUUCGUCUUUUAUAGUUUCUUCCCCGUUGUUGUUCUUACUAGUAAAUUUGAGCAGAUUAUGUAUAACAAUGAUAUUGGCCAUAAGUUUUGUUUAUUCUGAAGAUGUUAAUGAAUUUAUAACA